GUUAUUACGGUUCAUUAUUAUUUUUGUUUUAAUACCCAACUAUGUGCUCGCUGGAAUGUGUGCUAAGAUGAGCUCUAGAAUGUACAAAGGCAUGCGCGUUUCUUAUGCACAAAGGGUUUGCUGCAAUGGGUAUAAGAGAGAGGGUGAGAGAUGUGUACCAAUAUGCGCUAAUGACUGUGGCCACGGCAGAUGUAUAAAGCCUAAUGUAUGCGCUUGUGAUACGGGCUAUGUGAAUCUGAAUAGCAUUUUAGCCAAUCGCUGUAUUCCCAAUUGCUUGGGAGACUGCCACAACGGCCAAUGUAUAAAUCCGGGCGUCUGUGAAUGCGCAACUGGCUACAAACUUGAAACAAAAACUGGUCAUUGUCGUCCAGUUUGAAG